AUGCCACGACGCAAGACGUCUAUCCAGAAGAAUGCAAAUAAGAGAGGAAGACUCACCAGCAUCAACGAACGCCGCCCAUUGACGGACCAUGUGGACGACUAUGACGAACACAAGGACAAUGAUGAUGAGGAUGCAGAAUUGGCCAAGAGGCGCCAGCAGUUUUUCUUUCAAGCUCUUCGACGGGGUAUUAGAGACUUGAAAGUUGGGAAGAAACCUGCAGCCAAGAAGCGCAUUUACAAAAGGACGCUGCGGAUGCGACCUUGUGCCAAACAGGGAUUGUUCUGGGGUCCCAUACUGAUUCUGGUCUUGGAGUGGUAUCUCGGCUAUGUACUCCGGGCUGAGCACGUGACAGAUGCCUACUACGAUCAAUAUGGUUAUGAGCCUUGGAUGAUUGAUAAACCAGCGAGGAUUCCAAUUGAUAUUCAGAAUCUCACCACUAUCGGAACGAACUCCAUUCGAUCUCAGAAUAUGCAGCAGUCGUGCAGAGGUGAUUUGAGGUGGACUGCCAACCAUCACAAUCCAUGGUAUCACUAUGCCAGACCAUCGCGACGCCAAAUUCCAGCCAUGAUUCAUCAGACAAACAAGGAUAGAUGCUUGACUAUGAACUUUGCUCGUGCGUCACAGAAAUGGUCAGCCUUUUCACACAACAAAUGGUCUUACUACUUGCAUGAUGAAUCUGCCCUGGCCCAGCUAUUCUUGGAAAUGCAAUAUCCAGAGUUUCCUUAUUUGCGACUUGUGGUUCAAAACUGUCUAUUGUAUUUGCCGCCUGUGGAAAAGAAUCUAUGGAGUUAUUUGGUACUCUGGGUCUACGGAGGAGUCGUGGCGGAUGUCAAUUCCAUGCCCGAUAACUUUCAUUUUCAAACGCUCCAAAAAGACGAUGAUGCAAUCUUUAUAUUCGACGCGGCUAGCCAACGAAUGAACACGACUUUCAUGGCAUCUUCGCCCAAGCAUCCUGUGAUGUAUUACGCGAUACAGCACACCCUGUUGCGGAUACUGACGGCUGAAAACAUUGCCUCGCCGGAUUUGGUAUACCAGACUGGACCUGAAGCACUGCAAAAGGCCUUGGAACAAUUCAGUAGAGAAGAUGACGAAGAACAAGAUUGGAGUCGUUCCCUUCCUCGAAUGGUCAAGGGUGUGGAAGAUCAAGAAGGCAGAUCCGCCAAAGUGAUAUCCUCUGAGGAAAAGUAUGCUACACCAAUAUUCAUUAGUCCCGCAGGGAAAGUGAAAGAAUUUGGGAAAAUGGGUGUACAAGUGGAUGUCAUACAACCUGUACGAGGACCGGCUGGAGGCUGUUUCUCACAAAUGCAUUCCAAUCUAGACAAGGCGGUUGGUGGUGGGCACAACGGCCCGUGA